GACAGCGGGCACUGGGUCAUCAGGCAUUGGAUUGUCUGGCUCGACAGCGGGCAUCGGGUCACCAGGUAUGACAGCGGGCACCGGGUCACCAGGCAUCAGGUCAUUUGGCUCGACAGCGGGCACCGCGUCAUCUGGCAAGGCGGUGGGCACCGAGUCACCAGGCACGACAGUGGGCUCUGAGUCAAUUGGCACGACAGCGGGCACCGGUUCAUCAGGUACCGGAUCGUCUGGCUCGACAGCGGGCAUCGGGUCACCAGGCAUGACAGCGGGCACUGGGUCAUCAGGCAUUGGAUCGUCUGGCUCGACAGUGGGCAUCGGGUCACCAGGCAUGACAGCAGGCACUGGGUCAUCAGGCGUGAUAGGAUCAUCAGGCUGGAUCAGUUCAUCAGGCUGGGUACAGACAUCAGGCUGGGUAGAGACAUCAGGAUGAAGUGCGGGUGCCGAGGGCACCAGGCUGAACCACGGAAGGCAGGUUCUCAGACGGCAGGUUCACCGGUUUGGAUACUGGCAGGAUGGUACUGGUUGGGAAGAAUUUUCGCUUUUUUCUGGUUUUAGUUACCGGAGCACUGUAAGUAAGCGCAGGUUUGGUUAAAGAAAGGAUAGGUGCAGCUUGUGGGAGCAGGGGACUGAUAUGUGGUAGUUAGCAGAGUAUACUGGGCCAUCGCUGGAGGUGCUGUCGGGGAUGUAGGAAGAGUGCAUUGAGCAGAGGAAUGACGUUGCAAGCUGACUGAGGCUGGGUGCAACA